UCUUUUUCAGAAGCCAAGAAGAAAGCACCCUGUCGUGGACUUGGCUUGUUUUACACAUUAUUGUCUGCCUUCCUUUUCUCAGUGGCCUCUUUAUUUGUUAAAAAAGUGCAAGACCUCCAUGCUGUAGAAAUUAGUGCAUUCCGAUGUGUGUUCCAAAUGUUAGUCGUUAUCCCUUGCUUAAUAUACAGAAAAACUGGGUUUAUAGGCCCAAAAGAUCUACGAAUCUUCCUCAUUCUCAGAGGAGUCCUCGGUUCUACUGCCAUGAUCCUUUUAUACUAUGCUUUCCAUACGACGUCCCUCGCCGAUGCCACGGUGGUCUCGUUUAGCUGUCCAGUGUUUACGUCUCUAUUUGCUUGCAUGUUUCUGAAGGAAAAAUACAGCCUUUGGGAUGUUCUCUUCACCGCAUUCGCCAUCACCGGAGUGAUCCUCAUCGUGAGGCCGCCGUUUCUGUUUGGUUCCAACACUGCGGAGAUGACUGGAAGCUACUCAGAUCAACUGAAGGGCACGUUCGCAUCACUCGGACAAGCCGUGUGCGCUGCCUUGACUUUCGUUAUCCUCAGAAAAAUGGGGAAAUCUGUGGACUACUUUUUGACCAUCUGGUAUUACACGGUGGUUGGCCUCCUGGAGUGCGUCAUCAUCCUCUUCGCAUUAGGAAUGUGGAAGCUGCCGAACUGUGGGAUGGACACGUUCUUUCUUCUCCUACUAAUCGGGCUGUUUGGUUUGGGGGGUCAGGUGUUUCUCACCAAAGCCCUUCAAAUAGAAAAAGCUGGGCUAGUAGCACUAAUGAAGACCAUGGAUGUGGUUUUCGCUUUUAUCGCUCAGAUUAUUUUCCUGCAUGAUAUACCAACGUGGUGGACAGUGGGUGGCGCGCUCUGCGUAGUAGCCAGUAGUGCUGGAGCGGCCAUUCGUAAAUGGUGCCAGGGAUCCAAAUGAAGCAUCAUUGCGGAAAUGUGUAUUUUUUAAGUCCACCUUCACCAAGUACAAACACACCACAUAUGCACAUACCUGGAAAAUCGGAAUUUACUUAAUUGAUUAUAUUUAAUAAAUUUCAUAGUUCAAGUAUAAUUUUUUAAUAUGAUAUGUCUUUUUUUUUUUCAUCCUUA